AUGAGGACAGCUUGGCCAGAAAUGGAACUCACCCAGCUUUCGCCGGUGACUACAGUCACUUUCAACUAUGACUACUACUACGAUGACAGCUGCCAGUAUCAGCACCUGCAGUAUAUGUCUACUUUCCUCCCUGUCGUCUACACUGCUGUGUUCCUGGUGGGCAUUGUCGGCAACUCCAUCUUGAUAGCAGCCUUGGUCUUCAAGCGACGGGUCCAGAGGCUGAUCGACGUCUUCAUCAUCAACCUCGCUGCAUCUGACUUCAUCUUCCUCAUCACGCUGCCGUUCUGGGUGGACAAGGAGGCAUCGGACGGGAGUUGGAGGGUAGGAUCUUUCCUCUGUAAAGCUAGUUCCUAUGUUAUCUCAGUCAACAUGUACUGCAGCAUCCUCCUCCUCACUUGUAUGAGUGCUGACCGCUACCUUGCUAUCAUGCAUCCCUCUAUCGCUAGACGGGUCAGAACAAGAUCCAAUUCCAGUGGACUCUGUAUCUGUGUCUGGUUAUUAUCCUGCUGCCUGGGGAUGCCAACCCUUUUGUCCAGAGAACUGAAGAAGCAAUAUGGAAAGACUUACUGCGCAGACAAAGCUGUGACAGAAGCCAGACAGAUCAUGUCACUGACGGUCUUAAUCCUGGCCUUCUUCUUCCCACUGUUGAGUAUCUUAACCUUCUACUGCUCCAUCACCAAGAGGCUCUGUGUGCAUUACCAGAGAGCUGGGAAACAUGAUAAGAAACUGAGAAAAUCCAUCAAGAUUGUCUUCAUUGUAGUGGCAGCUUUUGUUAUCUCCUGGGUUCCCUUCAACCUUUUCAAGCUUAUGGCCAUCCUUUUGGGACUCCUGAAGCAGCCCGACUGUUCUCCCGACAUGGUUGCCCAGCUGGGCAUACAGCUGAGCAGCCCUUUUGCUUUUGCCAAUAGCUGUGCCAACCCUUUCAUUUACUAUUGCUUUGACAACUACAUCCGUAGAGCCAUGCUCCGGUGCCUGUGUCCAUGGGUGAAAACCAGCAGCAGCAGCAGCAGCAGCACCUCUGAUACUCUGGACACUCGCCUGAGCCACUCCUUAUCCAAUUUUGUUGUGGGGGAGUAUGCCACUAGGAAGAGGAAGCGCUCCGUAUCCCUCUGA